UCACCCCUCCCCGCGUUGUUGAUCCAUCCGUUAACCCUAUUCUCUCUCUCUCUCUCUCUCUCUCUUCUGCAACUCUUCCGUUGAAGAAGAGAAGAGAGAACUCAAGAAAAAAUUAAAAAAAAAAAAAAUGGGAAAACUUAUAUGCGACUCGACGACGUCGUCACAGAUCAUCCCAUGGAGGGACCCAACUUCAGCUCCAUCAAUAGAUAGCAUCGAGACCGUCGAUCUCACUGACCAGAUCACCACCACCGCCUGGGAAAACGUGUCCGGCUUGGAAGACCAACAAAAGCGCCAUCUACGGGGGCUCUACGCUAAGGGAGUCCUGUGGAAGCACCCAGGCGAUCCUUCCUCGGCGGUGGUGUUCCGGCUGAGUCACGGCGGAGAAGUCAAGGCCGACGGGAAUUGCCUCUUCACGGCGUCUCAAAAGGCGAUGAUGAAAUCAUCGACGGCGGAGAUCAUGGAUGCCGGAGAUCUACGGCGGAGGACGGUGAAGAGAUUUAUGGAAGAUCUUGGAUCUUUUGUGAGCGGUGAGGAGAGAAAUGCGAUUGAUGAUGCGAUAAGGCAUAUGUACUCUCCGGAUCUAAAGUCUGGUUGGGGUAUACAUGUGGUUCAGGAGGUCAAGUUAUUGGCUAAGAAGGAAGAUCGGGAGGGUUUGGAUUCAUCUAUCAACGAGCUUCUUCUUCUUGGAAUGCAAAGAGAGUUUGCCGCGGAGUCUAUUUACAAAGAGAGAUGUAUUGCUGUGGAUGACGGCCCGAGUUGGGCCAAGUACAUGUCAAUCUCUGGUUCUCCUGAUGAUGAACAUGAUAUCAUCACUUUGCAAUAUACUGUGGAAGGUUUAUUAACUGUAGAUGAGAAUAGAGAAGGUCAUGCUGCUGCAUUUGGAGAUGAUUUAGCAAUAGAGUGUCUUGCAACUGAGUUCAAAAGAGAGAUAUAUGUGGUGCAAGCACAUGGGUCAGAUGCAAUGGUUGAUGAAGAAAAUUGUGUUUUUUUCCUCCCACAUCAUCCAAGGAGUGAAAUUUGUCAACCUCCCUUCUUUCUCUUCAUGAAAGGAACAGGUUGGUGUGGUGCUGGAGGAGAUCAUUAUGAGCCCCUUGUUGCUCAUCCUUCAACACUCAUUUCCCAAGAGAAGGUUGCGGUUGUACUGUGAGAUUAUCAAUAGUUUGCCAGUAUUGUGGGCGUAGAAGUUAAAUAGUAGUAGUUAUUCAUUUUUCCCCCAAAAUUUUUGGCAUAUGCAAUAUUGUUCUCCUCAUUCAUUUCUAGGCACAAGGGGAAUUUUCAUUGCAUUGCCGUCAUUUUUCAUUGUUCUGCAUUUUUUAGGCUUGGUCAAUUUCGACUCUAACUUGCGGGUUUUAAUGCCUGCCCUUGAGGAACUUUGUAGUGUCGUAUUUGUAAUGGUUUUACCGGCUGUUGUUAUUGUUGAGUUUUUUGAAGGGUACUUGUAUCGUUCUGGUACUAUUUUGUUUGAUUUGGGGAAGAGGUGUCUUUUUGCUGUAUCCGAAGCUGGAUUUUAUCUA